CCCGCACUGUGCGCGCCCCCGCCAUGCCCGCCCUGGCCCCGCCUCCGGGCGCCCAGAGGGGUGUAGACGAGGUGUAGACGGCCCGCUGCUGGUGUAGACGCCCCGCCCCGCCCGCGGCCCGACAUGGAGCAGCGGCGGGAGGAGCCGCCCCCGGGCCCGCAGGGCUCUGGGCCUGGCCCUGGCCCCAGCGUGCAGCCAUCCCCGCCGCUGGACUUCACCGUGGAGAACGUGGAGAAGGCCCUUCACCAGCUCUACUAUGACCCUAACAUCGAGAACAAGAACCUGGCCCAGAAGUGGCUGAUGCAGGCCCAGGUCUCUCCUCAGGCCUGGCAUUUCAGCUGGCAACUGCUGCAGCCCGACAAGGUGCCGGAGAUCCAGUACUUUGGGGCCAGCGCCCUGCACAUCAAGAUCUCCCGCUACUGGAGCGACAUCCCGGCCGACCAGUACGAGAGCCUGAAGGCUCAGCUCUUCGCACACAUCAGCCGCUUUGCCAGCGGCUCCAAGAUCGUGCUGACUCGGCUGUGUGUGGCGCUGGCCUCUCUGGCCCUCAGCAUGAUGCCGGAGGCCUGGCCCUGCGCCGUGGCGGACAUGGUGCGCCUGUUCCAGGCCGAGGCCUCCCCCGGCGACGGGCAGGGCCGCUGCUUGGCCCUGCUGGAGCUCUUGACUGUGCUGCCCGAGGAGUUCCAGACCAGCCGGCUGCCCCAGUACCGCAAGAACCAGGUGCGGGCCAUGCUGGCGCAGGAGUGCGGGGCCAUCUUCCCGCUGCUGGAGCAGCUGCUGCAGCAGCCCAGCCUGCCCAGUGCCAUCAAGCAGAAGGCGCUCAAGUGCUUCUCCAGCUGGGUGCCCCUGGAGGUGCCCCUGCUGGACUGUGAGCGGCUGAUCCAGGCCGCCUUUAGCGCCCUGCGGGACCCUGAGCUCUUCGACAGCAGCGUGGAGGCCAUCGUCAAUGCCAUCUCCCAGCCCGACGCCCAGAGGUAUGUGAACACAUUGCUCAAGCUGAUCCCCCUGGUGCUGGGGCUGCAGGAGCAGCUUCGACAGGCAGUACAGAAUGGGGACAUGGAGACGUCUCAUGGGAUCUGCCGAGUUGCUGUGGCCCUGGGGGAGAACCAUUCCAGGGCCCUGCUGGACCAGGUAGAGCACUGGCAAAGCUUCUUGGCCUUGGUCAACAUGAUCAUGUUCUGUACGGGCAUCCCUGGCCACUAUCCAGUCAACGAGACCACCAGCUCCUUGACCCUCACUUUCUGGUAUACCCUGCAGGAUGAUAUCUUAUCCCUGGAGGCGGAGAAGCAGGCCGUGUACCAGCAGCUGUACCGGCCAGUCUACUUCCACCUGGUGGAUGUGCUCCUGCACAAGGCCCAGUUUCCAGCAGAUGAAGAGUACAACUUCUGGUCAUCCGAUGAGAAGGAGCAGUUCCGGAUCUACCGGGUGGACAUUUCGGACACACUCAUGUACGUCUACGAGAUGCUGGGGGCGGAGCUCCUGAGUAACCUCUAUGACAAGCUGGGCCGCCUGCUCACCAGCUCUGAGCAGCCUUGCUCCUGGCAGCACACGGAGGCUCUGCUCUACGGCUUCCAGUCCAUCGCGGAAACCAUCGACGUCAACUACUCGGACGUGGUGCCGGGCCUCAUCGGCCUCAUCCCCCGCAUCAGCAUCAGUAAUGUGCAGCUGGCGGACACCGUCAUGUUCACCAUCGGGGCCCUGUCCGAGUGGCUGGCAGACCACCCGGUCAUGAUUAACAACGUCCUGCCCCUCGUGCUUCAUGCCCUGGGCAACCCGGAGCUCUCCGUGUCCUCCGUGUCCACCCUCAAGAAGAUCUGCCGGGAGUGCAAGUAUGACCUCCCUCCGUACGCAGCCAACAUCGUGGCCGUGUCCCAGGAUGUGCUGAUGAAGCAGAUUCACAAGACAAGCCAGUGUAUGUGGCUGAUGCAGGCCCUAGGAUUCCUGCUGUCAGCUCUGCAAGUAGAAGAGAUUCUGAAAAACCUGCACUCCCUCAUCACCCCCUACAUCCAGCAGCUGGAGAAGCUGGCCGAGGAGAUGCCCAACCCUUCCAACAAGCUGGCUAUUGUCCACAUCCUGGGGCUACUCUCAAACCUCUUCACUACUCUGGACAUCAGUCACCAUGAGGAUGAGCAUGAAGGCCCUGAGCUGAGGAAGCUGCCUAUACCACAGGGACCCAAUCCAGUGGUGGUCGUACUACAACAAGUUUUCCAGCUUAUCCAGAAGGUGCUGAGCAAGUGGUUAAAUGAUGCCCAAGUAGUUGAGGCGGUGUGUGCUAUCUUUGAGAAGUCCGUGAAGACCUUGCUGGAUGACUUUGCACCCAUGGUCCCCCAGCUGUGUGAGAUGCUGGGACAGAUGUACAGCACGAUUCCCCAGGCCUCUGCCCUUGACCUCACUCGACAGCUGGUGCACAUCUUUGCCCAUGAACCUGCCCACUUUCCCCCCAUCAAGGCCCUCUUCCUCCUCGUCACCUCUGUCACACUCACCCUCUUCCAGCAAGGGCCCAGGGAUCAUCCUGAUAUUGUUGAUUCAUUUAUGCAACUCCUGGCACAGGCCCUGAAGCGGAAGCCAGACCUCUUCCUCUCUGAGAGCUUGGAUGUCAAGGCUGUGUUCCAGUGUGGUGUGCUGGCACUCAAGUUCCCCGAGGCCCCGACUGUCAAGGCCUCCUGUGGCUUCUUUACAGAGUUGCUGCCCCGAUGUGGGGAGAUCCCCACCAUCGGGCAGGUGGUCCAGGAGGAUGGCAAAGUGCUGCUGCAGGCUGUGCUGGAGGCCAUUGGUGGUCAGGCCUCCCGCAGCCUCAUGGAUUCCUUCGCUGACGUCCUCUUUGCCCUCAACAAACACUGCUUUAGCUGCCUCAGUGUGUGGAUCAAGGAGGUGAUGCAAACGCCGGGCUUCCCCUCGCCCCGGCUCAGUGCCGAACAGAAGGACACCUUCAGCCAGCAGGUCCUCAGAGAGCGGGUGAACAAGCGCCGGGUGAAGGAGAUGGUGAAAGAGUUCACGUUGCUCUGCCGGGGACUCCACGGCACCGACUACACCGCUGACUACUGAGGCCGGCCAGGCCGAGUUUCUAUAGAAUAAAUCCCAGACACCCCCACUCA